GGCGGCCCAGCUGGGUCAGCCCAGAGCGAGGAGGAUCCCGCCCCGGCGGGGCCCGUCCCCGCCGCUGCUCACCCCCACACCGCUCGGAGUAGCCGCUGCCCGGCGGCGGCAGCCAGCGCCGCGCUCAUGGCGGCCCCCGCAGCUCGGCCGGGAAGGGCCCGCGCGAGGCACGACGGGAGCGGGGGCGGCAAGAUGGCGGCGCGCAGCGGGCUGCGCCGCGCUGUCAUGGCGGCGCCCGCGCAGCCGGCGGCGCCUUGGGGCCGGUGGUUUUGUACCGCUGCCCCACCUCGGCCGUGGCGGCUCUUCGGGGCGAUGUGCCUGCUCCGGCUGCCCCGCAUCACGCAGCCUCUCCAGAAGGAGGAGGAAGAGAUGGCGGCCCUCAUGGGGCAGAUAGAGCUGGAGAAAAGCCAGUAUUCGGAUCAUGAACUCCGUAAGCUGGAGGAGGAGGAGCAGGUCAGGAAGAGGAGGGAAAGCCUGUAUGAUGAUGAAGAAGCACCUGGCAAAACAGUCAUCAUGGCUCGAGACCUGGAGGAGAAGUGGGAAGAGAAGUUACAGAGAUUUGAAGCUGCUCCACGGAUAACAGAUGCUGAUAAAAACAACUAUCGAACGUCAUUGAACAGGAAGCUGGACAGUAACCUGAUGCUUCUGGUGAAACAGAAAAUCGGUAACCAGGAGCUGUGGCUCCUGCCUCAAGUGGAAUGGCAGCCUGGAGAGACGCUGCGAAGCACAGCUGAGCGAGCCAUGGCUACGUUUUUGGGAGAUCACAUUCAAGCCAAAAUCCUGGGGAAUGCGCCAUAUGGGAUUUACAAGUAUAAAUUCCCCAGGGCCAUCAGGACUGAGGAUAACGUGGGAGCCAAAGUAUUCUUCUUCAAAGCCUUCCUCCAAAGCAGUGAUUUGUCCCAGGCAGACCUGAAGGAAGAUUACUUGUGGGUCACAAAGGAUGAGCUGGGAGAUUACUUGAAGCCAGAAUACCUGAAAAAAGUCAAUAGAUUCCUUCUGGACUUGUAAGCGAUAGGCUGUGCUCCAGCAGAUGGGGAAGAUGUGGGACGUGACUCCAGGGAGGAGCACAGCUGCUGCUUUGCAUGGUCUGUGUGUAUGAGAUGUUAACUUGGGCUCUGGAGGAUAAUUUGCCUUUGCCUUAUUUCCCAGUUCUCCUCACCAGGCCUGUACUGAAUAAAUAUUAAAAUUUAUACUCGGAA